AUGAUGAACUUUAGUAGUCCAUUCAUUGACUCUUCACCAACCCGAGGUUCUGGUUCGAGAGAUUUUGAUAUUUUUGAUGCGAUCGAAAGACGAGAUUUGCAAUUAGUUGAUAAAUUUCUGAAUAUUGGAAAAAACAAAAUUGAAGAUGUAUAUAACAAUUCGAGUAAGAUGAUGUCAUUGGAGGGUUAUACUCCACUAGCACUCGCUUGUCAACUCGGUGCUGUAGAGAUUGUAGAAUAUUUAUUGAAAAAAGGUGCAAAUCCAAACAAAUUUAUUCGACAAAUGACCGAUUGUUUUUAUGUGAUUCAUGUCGCUUGUAAAGGUGGAAAUAUUGAUGUGAUUACUCUUCUAGAAAAAUACAAUGUGAAAAUGGAAGUGAAAACAACCUUUGACGAAGAGACACCGCUCUAUACUGCUGUUAAAGAACGACAAUAUGAAGUCGUUAAACAUUUAUUGGAGAUGGGAAUGAGAGAUAAUUAUACCAACAGGAAUGGAAGAUGUAUUCACACCUGUUGCGAAAUGAUUGGAAAAUCAAGCAAAAACCCAAAAGCAGAAUUACAAAUUAAUACGGAAAACAAAAUUUUGUCACUCUUACUGAGAUAUCACUCGACCAACUAUAUGGACGAUUAUGCCAAUGCAAAAACGAAAGAACCAAAAGCCGACUCUAGUAACAAGGAGUUGCAACGAAAACUAUUGGCUGAACGAUCGCCUCUUCUCAUAUUGACACAACUCGAUGCUCCCAGUGAAAGCAUUGAAUUACUCAUUGAGAAAAAUGCAGAUGUGAAUUAUGCACAUCCUGACACCCUUAUGACGCCUCUUCACUAUGCAUGUCUUAACAACAAUGAGAAAGUGGUAAAGACUUUACUCCUUCAUGGUGCAAACAAGUUCGUCAUUAGCACUUCGAAUCAUUUACCUGGUGAUUUAACACGAAGUAAGAACAUUGUCGAAAUGUUGAACAAAUUUUCGCGAUUUGAUACCAUUGUUGAAAAUGCAAAACGGAUUGAAAAGCUCAGAAUUAUUGAUGAUAUUUUACAUCAACGAUCAAUACCCGAGGAUAAGGUCGAGGCCUUCUCUCAGGCCUUAGAAUACAUGAAACAAUUCAAAAUUGAUAAAUUCGAACAAGAAAUGCUAAACUCAGCCACGGAAUUGCGCACUUUCUUUACAAAUUACUUGGUGGAAGCGGCAGAAAAUGAAAACAAGGAUGCGAUUCGAUUUUUAAUCAAACGUUACGAUGUUGAUAUUAAUCAGUUGACUGUUAAGGGUGUGAAAAGUGUAGAAUCCAUAGAAUUUGCAAGACAAUGUUAUCUUGAAAAGAAGGAGAAAAAUUUGGCCAUCAUUUACAAUGGUCAAACGUAUUCAUUCAAAUAUACUUCGUCGACGUCUGAGUUUGAAUUGAGAAACUUCAUCAAUCAGAAAAUCAUUAAGAACAGAAUUGUAACAAUGAGGGAAAUUCGAUUUGAGUAUACAUUGAACUCGAAGGUGCUAUGGGCUACAACAAGUGAACUUUUUAGACAAAUGAUGUCUGACGCCUACAAGAGCGGAGAGGAUAUUUUCAGAGUGACUCUUGAAUAUAAAAUGGAAGAUUGGACAGAGAUCAGAGAAUUGGGAAGAGGACAAUUUGGAUGUGUCAUGCUAUGCCUUGAUCACAAUGACAAGACUCUCUUCGCACUAAAAGUCAUUGAUUGCUCCAAGAUUAAAAGAGAACUCGAUGUAUACAAGAAGGACAAAGUGAAACAUGAAAAUAUUGUGCAAUAUUUCGAUUACAAGUCUGGCAAUGGAAAAUAUUACAUCAAGAUUCAAUAUCUACCAGGAGGUAAUUUAUUCGAACUUGUGAACCAUCUCGAAGUGGCUCACAAUAGACAUCUCACCAUGCAUCGACUUGCGUUAUAUACUCGACAAUUAAUAUCUGCAGUCGAUUACUUACACAAAAAUCAUAUUUAUCAUUGUGACAUCAAACCUCACAACAUACUCAUUGAAACCACAGAUUGCAUCAAAUUAGCUGAUUUUGGUGAAGCUAAUCCUGAAGGCACGACUCUCAAUCACGAAUUUGGAACCAUUAUUUAUUUGCCCCCAGAGGUCAUUAAGGCAAGUCAUGUCACCAUUGACUAUUCCAUUGACAUUUGGAGUAUUGGAGUGACUGUUUUACAGCUCUGUCUUGGUGGUAAAAAUCCCUAUGAACUUAUUCCUAAUUUUCUAGAAACCUAUCAACAAUCGGCAAACAAACAAAUUACUCUUCAAAAGUUAAUUGUACAAUAUGGUUAUCAACUUGUAGAAUAUUUACCUUCUUCAUGUGACAGUUCACUAAAAACAUUCUUGAAAAAGUGUCUCAAAAACAAAGGACGCCCAACAGCAGAGGCACUUCUCUCACAUCCAUUUUUGAAAAAGUACUAUUACACUGAUUCUCAAAAUAUUGGAUUUGAUUUUUCACAAGAGACUGGUUUUCUCCUUCAAUAUCUCAAUGAGAGACAACACGGUGCCAAGAAAGAAGAACAAAAUGCUCCACAACUCAUUGAAAAUCAAAGUUCAGUCACACUUUCGAGUAACCAUGUCACACGACGAGGAAGUAGCAUUAUUGCCUUUUCCAAACAACACACAUCAUUGGAUGAAAACCACAACUAUUCUCCCUUCACACCACCCAAGAUGAAUCAAAAACUGAACACAACAUCAACACCACCCUCUGGAGGACGUCAUCAUACAUCUGCUGCCACCUCUUCCACUUCCACAAGUGUCCACAACACGAACAAACUCCAUUCUUCUUCCACACACACUGCAACUAUGAAUGUCUCGCCUUCUUUGUCACCAAUGAUUGGAACCUAUCAUGACAAUUCGAUCAUGAUCAAUGGAAUGAAUAAUAUUGGUGACACUAGUAGUGGAAUGGGUAUUAAUAUCGGUGCCUCCUCACCGAACCUUAAUGGAACACCCACAAGUGCUCAUUCUGAUAAUUUCUAUACAAAAUCUCCAUUAAUUGAAUCUGGAGCUGAAGACGAACAAAUGAGAUUAUUGGACGAUAUUUUUGAGAAUAUUAUGAAAAAGAAUAAUAUUUUGGAUGAAAUACUUUGA